AUAAAUAUCUGCGGACAAGUGGUACAUUCUCUCGUGUAUGAAGCCAACUAUUGUUGUAUGCAGCUUCCUGCAUAAGGGUCUUCAUCCCAAACAAUAACCAUGGCGGCCACUGAAAUAGCUAGGCAAGCGGGAGAAGGUGCUCGCGCCGUCCCUCUCGCCGGCCAUGUCGGUUUCGACAGCAUGCCUGACCAGCUGGUCAACAAGUCUGUCAACCACGGCUUUUGCUUCAACAUCCUCUGCAUUGGGGAGACGGGCCUGGGCAAGUCCACUCUCAUGGACACCCUGUUCAACACCAAGUUCGAGGGCGAACCCACCCAGCACAACCAGCCGGGCGUGCAGCUCAAGUCCAACACCUAUGAGCUCCAGGAGAGCAAUGUGCGUCUCAAGCUGACCGUGGUCAACACUGUGGGCUUUGGAGACCAGAUCAACAAAGAGGACAGCUACAAGUCUAUUGUGGAGUUUAUCGACACCCAGUUUGAGGCCUAUCUGCAGGAGGAGCUGAAAAUCAAGCGCACGUUACACAGCUACCAUGACACACGCAUCCAUGCCUGUCUGUACUUCAUCGCGCCCACCGGACACUCCCUCAAGUCCCUGGACCUGGUCACUAUGAAGAAACUGGACAGCAAGGUCAACAUCAUCCCCAUCAUCGCCAAAUCAGACGCCAUCUCCAAAAGCGAGCUGACCAAGUUCAAGAUCAAGAUCACCAGUGAGCUGGUCAGCAACGGUGUUCUGAUCUACCAAUUCCCCAUCGACGAUGAGACGGUGGCAGAGAUCAACUCCACCAUGAACGCCCAUUUGCCGUUCGCCGUGGUGGGAAGCACGGAGGAAGUGAAGAUCGGCAACAAGAUGGUGAAAGCGCGGCAGUACCCCUGGGGGACUGUACAGGUGGAGAAUGAAAACCACUGUGACUUUGUGAAGCUGAGAGAGAUGCUAAUCAGGGUGAACAUGGAGGAUCUUAGAGAGCAGACUCACACCAGACACUACGAGCUCUACCGUCGCUGCAAGCUGGAGGAGAUGGGCUUCAAGGACACAGACCCUGACUGCAAACCCUUCAGUCUGCAGGAGACGUACGAGGCCAAGAGGAACGAGUUCAUGGGAGAGCUGCAGAAGAAAGAGGAAGAGAUGAGGCAGAUGUUCGUCCAGAGAGUCAAGGAAAAGGAGGCUGAGCUGAAGGAGGCCGAGAAAGAGCUGCACGAGAAGUUUGACCGGCUCAAGAAGCUGCACCAGGAUGAGAAGAAGAAGCUGGAGGACAAGAAGAAAUCCCUGGAUGACGAGCUCAACGGGUUCAAGCAGAAAAAGACGGCCGCUGAGCUCCUACAGUCCCAGGCUCUGCAGGCAGGGGGCUCCACCACACUCAAGAGGGACAAGGAGAGGAAAAAUAAUCCCUGGCUCUGCACUGAGUAGGUGCUUCCACCCUCAAGCUUUGCUAAGGGACCAGGCUUUGUGGGUAGCCGGUACCCCAAGGCUGAGGAGAGGCAUUGCGGACCCUGGUUUAAAAAAAACAUUAAUCUGCUCUAUGUACUAACUAAAAGAUACCCCUAUACAGUUGAAGUCGGAAGUUUACAUACACUUAGUUUGGAGUCAUUAAAACUUAUUUUCAACCACUCCGCAAAUUUCUUGUUAACAAACUAUAGUUUUGGCAAGUCGGCUAGGACAUCUACUUUGUGCAUGACACAAAAAAACAACAUUUUCCCAACAAUUGUUUACAGACAGAUUAGUUCACUGUAUCACAAUUCCAGUGGGUCAGAAGUUUACAUACACUAAGUUGACUGUGCCUUUAAACAGCUUUGAAAAUUCCAGAAAAUAAUGUCAUGGCUUUAGAAGCUUCUGAUAGGCUAAUUGACAUCAUUUGAGUGAAUUGGAGGUGUACCUGUGGAUGUAUAUCAAGGCCUACCUUCAAACUCAGUGCCUCUUUGCUUGACAUCAUGGGAAAGUCAAAAGAAAUCACCCAAGACCUCAGAAAAAAAAUUGUAGACCUCCACAAGUCUGGUUCAUCCUUGGGAGCAAUUUCCAAACGCCUGAAGGUACCACGUUCAUCUGUACAAACAAUAGUACGCAAGUAUAAACACCAUGGGACCACGUAGCCGUCAUAUCGCUCAGGAAGGAGAUACAUUCUGUCUCCUAGAGAUGAACGUACUUUGGUGCGAAAAGUGCAAAUCAAUCCCAGAACAACAGCAAAGGACCUUGUGAAAAUGCUGGAGGAAACAGGUACAAAAGUAUCUAUAUCCACAGUAAAAUGAGUCCUAUAUUGACAUAACCUGAAAGGCUGCUCAGCAAGGAAGAAGCCACUGCUCAAAAACCGCCAUAAAAAAGCCAGACUACGGUUUGCAACUGCACAUGGGGACAAAGAUCGUACUUUUUGGAGAAAUGUCCUCUGGUCUGAUGAAACAAAAAUGGAACUGCUUGGCCAUACUGACCAUCGAUAUGUUUGGAGGAAAAAGGGGGAGGCUUGCAAGCCAAAGAACACCAUCCCAACCGUGACGUAUGGGGGUGGCAGCAUCAUGUUGUGGGGGUGCUUUGCUGCAGGAGGGACUGGUGUACUUCACAAAACAGAUGGCAUCAUGAGGGAGGAAAAUUAUGUGGAUAUAUUGAAGGAACAUCUCAAGAUAUCAGUCAGGAAGUUAAAGUGGGUCUUCCAAAUGGACAAUGACCCCAAGCAUACUUCCAAAUGUGUUGCAAAAUUGCUUAAGGACAACAAAGUCAAGGUAUUGGAGUGGCCAUCACAAAGCCCUGACCUCAAUCCCAUAGAAAAUGUGUGGGAAGAACUGAAAAAGCCUGUACAAGCAAAGAGGUCUACAAACCUGACUCAGUUACACCAGCUCUGUCAGGAGGAAUGGGCCAAAAUUCACCCAACUUAUUGUGGGAAGCUUGUGGAAGGCUACCUGAAACAUUUGACUCAAGUUAAACCAUUUUUAAAGGCAAUGCUACCAAAUACUUAAUUGACUGUAUGUAAACUUCUGACCCACUGGGAAUGUGAUGAAAGAAAUAAAAGCUGAAAUAAAUCAUUCUCUACUAUUAUUCUGUCAUUUCACGUUCUUAAAAUAAAGUGGUGAUCCUAACUGACCUAAAACACUAGGAUUAAAUGUCAGGAAUUGUGAAAAACGGAGUUUAAAUGUAUUUGGCUAAGGUGUAUGUAUACUUUCGACUUCAACUGUAUGUAUAUCACUGCUGCUCUAACUAUAUCACUAUGUGGCUUAAUCUUAAUAUCUUGUCUAUGGCUAUGCCUUUUGUCCUGUCGUGUGUUUUUGCUGUGCUGACUUUGAUGACUAAUAUCAGCAUUUGCUCUUUGUGUCUGUAAGAUUGACAUUUCUGGACUAUGUUGUUGUGCACGUCUUGGUAGUUUUUCCAUCAUAUUAGGUUUAUUAAUAUUGUCCAUGUUUGAUUUAUUAAAUGACAUUGAAUACCCUUUUGGGAUUUUCAGAGGACGUAAUAUCUGCUGCGAGCAGUUAAUUAGACUUGUCUCGAUGAAGGGAUUAAGCUAUUUAUUAAAUGUUUUAAAUCAGUAUUAUGCUCAAAUCGAAUUAGUCAGCUAUAGUAUGGUAUUAUAUUAGUAGUUUUUUUACGACACUGACAUUACAUUGGGGCGGCAGCGUAGCCUAGUGGUUAGAGCGAUGGACUUGCAACCGGAAGGUUGCAAGUUCAAACCCCCGAGCUGACAAGGUACAAAUCUGUCGUUCUGCCCCUGAACAGGCAGUUAACUCACUGUUCCCAGGCCGUCAUUGAAAAUAAGAAUUUGUUCUUAACUGACUUGCCUAGUUAAAUAAAGGUAAAAUAAAUAAAUACAAAACAUUUAAUGUAGUUUGUGUAAUUUGAAGUACAGUAGCAACUAUACAUGCCUUAGGAAAACCCAAAUACUUUCUGUCUUUCCUCCCAAAAUGUCAGUAAUCCUUGUUUCUUAUUUAUCUUGAACCUUGCCUUCUGGUAAGCACUGUUGCCUGGGCCUCUCUUGUAACUUUGCAUUUGUCUCUUCCUCUCUAUAGCUUCUUUUAAUCUGUCUUGCCCACCUGUCUGAAGAAGGGAUUGCAGCUUCAACGAGAACUAAGCACCCGUUUCCUCUUCCUGUCUUUUCUCUUUGCAUCAACCUUUUUUAAACUUCUAUCUCAUCUGCUUUGUUGACCAUGGCCUAAUGUGGGCUUCACAUGGUAUUUUUUGGAUAGUUUACGUUUUGUCACCUAAUCAAGGUACACUUUGGCUAGUGGGAGUCCUUCACACUUAAUAUUUUGCAGCUCCGUCUUGGUGUAUGAAUGAACAAAGCUUUGCUCAGGUAGGAUUCUAAACGGUUGUUCAAGAGAAACACAUCUAAUCAAUAGUUUCAUCAUACCAAUUGUAACAGAGCCAAGGCUCUGGAUUAAUUUAUAUUUUUCACAAACCUAUCUGAAUUUCAUUAACAGUUAAUUUUAAGGAAGUCUUUGUGUAAUAACAUUCAAUCAUAUAUUACAUCCAUUUUGAGAAGGGCUUAUUCUGUUUGAAAUAACCGAUACUAUUACAAAUAACCUAUAUGAUUAAUGUGCUCCUCAUUAAAAGGGGGAGUUAGUUUUGAAUACAAAUAGCAUAACCCAGAUCUCAAUAAAACACUGAUAAAACCAAAAUACAUUCAUUUGGUGAUUGAUAGAGCAAAGUGUGACAUCUAACCGUACAUGUGUGACUAGUAGAUACUUUUGUCAGUUAGAAACCAAACGACAAAAACAAAACGGUGUUCUUUAUGUUCACUGCAUAAGUUGUUUCAUUGCAACUUAGAAGAGCCAGAGCCGUAUUCAUGUCAGGCACUAAUUUAGUGAAAACACCUUUUCCGUUCUGAAAUACCAUGUAGGUCACAUUUAAUGCCCUUUACACAUUGUGCUUUAACUACCAUCACCCUAUUCUGUAUUUUGCAUGUCUAAUGCUCUUUUAUUUCAUCACUUCUGUGAUCUUGACCUUUUGCUCCCAUAGCUGUUUUCUCACCUAACAGUUCCAUCUUGCACUAUUUCACAUUUGGUGCUCUAUAUUGUUUGGAUCAGUUUUAUCUUGUGUAUUACUCCUUGUUAUACCCUUCUCCACAAUUUUCAGCAUCCAUAUUGCCAAAUAUUAAAAUGAGAUGGAGUUGAAUCCUAGGUACAGAUGGAAAUAUUUGUAUAAUUUAUAAGGAUAUAUUUUGUGUAUUGAAGUGGAGACCUGUUUAUGAGAUAUGAUCUUUGGAUGUGACUCUUCUCUCUGUGUAGUUACAUUUUGGUGUAAGAAAUUGUCAUACAUUUUUCUAGCAUCUGCCAUAAUCACCCCUCCUAGUGAAUUAUCUGUCCACACCACAAAUUAAUUAUGAAAUAUUUUAUUGUAGUUUGAUUCCAUUGAUGUACUUUUUCAAUAAAAUUAUGAAAAUAAA